UGAGUGGGACUGACUCCGGUAGAACGCAUCGCGAGCGCAAAGAACAAUACAUCCGAUCAAUGGAAACCGAGGUAUCGCGGUUACGGGAAGCAUACACCACGGAGAUUACAGACGCCAACAUCACAAUUCAACAACAGAAGGGCGUCAUACAUGCGGCGCAGGAGGAGAAUGAAAUUCUGAAAGAGAUUCUGGCCGCACAUGGGGUACGAUACGAAGCCGAAUUAGAGCGACGACGGGCGGAGCGUCCACCCGUACACUUCGAUACCAGCCCUGUGGCAGGUAGCAGCACAGCAUCGCAAUCGGUGCCCCGUACGACCUCGGUCAGCAAUCAUGACACUACCCCGGCGACUACUCUCUCCGACCUGAGCCCGCGUGUCAAUGGAAUGGAUCACUCGGACGUCUCGCCUUCGCUCGGAUACGGGGGCCAACAAGUUUACCAAACCAGUCCUGGCGAACAAUCGAUGAGCAUGGACCAUUCAUCAUGCACACCAGUAGAUACCAUGACACCCAUGCCACCCAUGCCCAUGCCCGGACCGCGCGGCGUGUUCGAGACAGAUCCACAGCUGCAGGUCGACUUUAUCUUGACACUCGAAGGACCUUGUCGUGAACACACAGAUUAUCUCUGUCGCCGAUCCGUCACCGAGGCUGACGAUGAAGACAUGCCAUUCUCCGGGCACGCCCUGAUGGCGACUUGCCCACCACCCAGCUAUAUCGAGAAAACGACACACGAACAACCAUAUCCCCACCAAGCGCCGAAUCUGCCCCAUGCCAACCUGAGCACCCUCCUCAACCUCAGUCGGCAGCUGGUGACAGAGGGUCAAAUCACGCCCAUUAUGGCACUGCAACACCUCAAGAACCAAAAGCAAUACGCCAACCUCCGCCGCGAGGACAUCAAGAUCAUCAUUGACACCCUCAACACCAAGGUGCGCUGCUACGGCUUUGGCGCCGUGGUGGAAGACUUUGAAUUGAUGGAUUGUUUGAGCAGUGUGCUUGGUCCAGAGGUGGAACUCGGCAUGUCUGGUACAGCCGACGAUUCUAUGUAUGGCUAA